GAAAAACCCAACUGGUUCUUGAAUUCCCACAUAUGGGAUAAUGAAAUAUUGACUUUAAAAUAAAUUAAGAACAUAAGCUAUUCAUUGACAAGCACAGUAAUUUUGAAAAUAUCACAUCAGAACCAGAAACAAAGAAAGUCUUGUAAAAUAUAAACAGGGGCAUCAUGACGUGACAAGUGAGUUUCAUUGGCCAAGAAGAAAACCAGAAUACGAGUAAUUAUCAGAGGUGGAUAAUGCAUUACGGCACGGUUUGGCUCUAAUUUUGGAGCUUUAAUAGUCAAUGUCAAUUUUGAGCUAGAAAAACUAAGAAUUGAACUCAGACAUAUAAGAGGAAUGUAUGCAAUAGCUCAAAGUGAGACAAUUGAUGCUUCUAGGAAGGUAAACGAUCUCCAGAGGCAACGAUUGGAAGAAACAAUCAAGCUUAAGGAGAUAAAUGUUAAGGAGGUGGAAGCAAAAGAAAUGGCAAUACAAGAGAAAGUGAAAUAUGAAGCGGUGAAAAGAGAAGUUGAGUAUGUGAAGGAAUGUGCUGAACGAGAAGCAGCACAAAAGAAAGAUGCAGAGAUUAAUGCCUUUCGUGAAGCCAAGGAGAAAGAAAAACUUGAGAAUGUGCUGUUGGGGCCUCUGCAGCAGUACCAGAAGUUUGAAUGGGAAGAAAUCGUGUCAGCUACGUCAUCGUUCUCCGACAAUCUUAAAAUUGGAAUGGGAGGAUAUGGAAUUGUCUAUAAAUGCAGUUUGCAUCAUACAAUUGCCGCAGUGAAGGUCCUUCACUCUAAAGAGGCUCACAGGAACAAACAAUUUCAGCAGGAGCUUGAGAUCUUGAGCAAUAUUCAUCAUCCCCAUUUACUAAUUCUUCUCGGCGCGUGUCCCGAUCAUGGUUGCCUCGUUUAUGAGUACAUGGAGAAUGGCAGCCUGGAAGAUAGGUUGCUCCGAAAAAACAACACACCUCCUAUCCCAUGGUUUGACAGGUAUAGAAUCGCUUGGGAAAUAGCCUCAGCCCUCGUCUUCCUCCACAACUCAAAGCCACAACCUAUUAUCCACCGUGAUUUGAAACCCGCAAACAUAUUGCUCGAUCACAACUUUGUGAGCAAGAUUGGUGAUGUCGGGCUUUCCAAAAUGCUUAACUCAGAAUCUUCUGCUAUAUCAACUUUGAGCAAGGACACGGGACCUGUGGGGACACUUUGCUACAUUGAUCCGGAGUAUCAGAGGACCGGGUUAAUCUCUCAAUCAUCCGAUGUUUAUGCAUUUGGAAUGGUGAUUUUGCAGUUGUUGACUGCAAAACCGGCCAUAGCAUUAGCCCAUACAGUGGAGUUGGCAGUUGAAGAUGGCCAUUUAGCGGAUUUACUUGAUAUAGAAGCGGGACAAUGGCCGAUUGAAGAGACAAAGGAAUUGGCUGUAUUGGGACUGAAAUGUGCAGAGCUUCGACGUAGAGAUAGACCUGAUUUGAGAGAUCAUGUUCUCCCUGAACUGCAGAGAUUGAAAGAGUUUGCAGAUAGGGCACGAGAUAUGGCAUCCAAUGCUCAACUGGCACCUCCUAACCUCUUCAUGUGCCCAAUACUUAAGGAUGUAAUGGAAGACCCUUGUGUUGCUGCUGAUGGCUAUACAUACGAUCGCAAAGCUAUAGAGAUAUGGCUCAAGGAGGAUGAUAAGUCUCCAAUGACAAAUUUACCCUUGCCAGAUAAAAGUUUGAUACCAAAUUAUACACUUCUUUCUGCUAUUAUGGAGUGGAAGUCUGGAAAACAGUGAUAUUGCUUAUUGUUCAUAGCUUCUGAUGAUGACAAUGAUGAUGAUGGUGAUUUCUUGCAAGAAUUGUUCUGCAUAUAGCAUUUUAUGUGCCGUGAUGUACAGGAUCACUUGCUUGUAAUUUAACAUUUGUUCCAAAUAUGAAAGUUGAAAUUUUGAAAUUAACAGAAAUAAGAAGGGUGUUGUGAUGAACAGGAAGAAUGUUGUUAUUGUAAUAUCAGGAGGAUAAAAGGGUUAUGUUAAUGAAAUAUUGGACUAUCAUAUUUAUGUAACAUUGAAUUUAGAACCUAAAACUGUUGUACACUUUGAAUUUAUCAACAAUGACAGAAAUGGAAGUAGUUUUCUAACAAACAA